CCGCUUUGCUUGCUUGCCUAUUCGAAGAUCUUCUUUAGGAAAGCCAAAAAUUAAUCAAGAUGACUUGCGGCAUUUCUUGUGUGGACAAUGCACUGAACAAAUCUUUCUUCAAGCUGGGUCUCUUUAUCGGGAGACAUCCAGGCUACUUUCUGAUAGUACCUGUCCUACUGGCUCUUCUGUGUAUGACCGGCUUUCAGCAAAUAAAAUACGAAAUCGACCCAGAGUAUUUGUUCUCGCCAAUCCGGGGCGAGGGCAAAUCGGAACGUGCCAUCGUUGAGAGCUACUUCAAGGUCAACUAUACGCACCGUUUCAACGUUGGAAGAAUUACUCGCCCGGGACGGUUCGGCCGAGUAAUUGUUAUUUCGAAGGACGAACACAACAAAAAUCUCCUGCGUAGUGAAGUUUGGCAGGAGCUACGACUGCUGGACGGCAUUAUACAGAACGCUACGGUCCAGUACGAUGGCGAAACAUUCACCUACCGUGAGGCUUGCGCUCGUUGGGAAAACGAAUGCUUCACGAACGAUAUACUGAAUCUGGAUAAAAUCAUUGACGAGGUCGAAGCGGGUGACUUAAACCUAACGUUCCCUGUAAUGUUUAAUCCCGUCACGUGGGAUGCGCACGUUUUUCCGGUAUUUUUCGGCGGAACGCAAGUGUCGGAAGACAAUCUGAUCAUUUCGGUGCCAUCGCUGCAGCUAGUGUACUUUGUAACGGCAGACUCCAAACGGCAGGAUGCGCGUGGUGCUGCCUGGGAAGAAGCGUUCCUGGAGGCCGUUGGAUAUGCUGAAGAUCAUGGAGUGUUUAAGUACAUCUCGGUGGCCCGGUUUGCUUCGCGUACACUCGACCACGAGCUAGAACGGAACACGCGUACGGUAGUACCGUACUUUAGUUCCACCUUCGUCCUGAUGAUUGUGUUUAGUGUUGUGACCUGCAUGAUGGGUGACGUGGUAAGAUCCAAACCCUGGCUCGGGCUGAUGGGCAACGUGUCGGCUGUGAUGGCAACCUCUGCCGCUUUCGGACUGGCCAUGUAUCUGGGCAUCGAGUUCAUCGGAAUCAAUUUGGCGGCACCGUUUCUUAUGAUUGGUAUCGGAAUCGAUGACACAUUCGUCAUGUUGGCCGCGUGGCGACGGACGUCCGUGAAGCUUUCCGUUCCGGAGCGUAUGGGUCACAUGAUGUCCGAAGCGGCCGUCUCCAUCACCAUCACCUCGCUGACCGACAUGAUCUCCUUCUGGAUUGGCAUCCUCAGCCCCUUCCCGUCCGUGCAGAUCUUCUGCGCGUAUAGCGGAUUUGCCGUCUGCUUUACCUACCUCUGGCACGUCACCUUCUUUGCCGGUUGCAUGGCCGUAUCGGGACACUGCGAGUUCAAAAAUCUGCAUGCCAUCUUCGGAUACAAGGUUCUGCCGGAAUCGGUUGCUAUAAAAGAAAAACGAUCAUGGCUGUAUCGGAAGUUGAACACGGGUGGAAUCAACCGAGACGAUCCGGAUAAUCCUAUCGACAACCAGGAACAUGUGCUGAUGGCAUUCUUCCGCGAAACGAUGGCACGCAUACUGAACAAGGGCUGGACGAAAACGAUCAUUCUGAUUAUCUUUGCCGGAUAUCUAGGAGGUGCCUGCUUCGGCUUGACCAAAAUCAAGGAAGGUCUCGAGCGUCGAAAACUCUCCAAAGCGGACUCUUACUCGGUGAAGUUUUUCGAUCUGGAGGAUGAGUACUACCGAGAGUUUCCGUACCGCAUACAGGUGAUCGUGAUCGGCGAUCUUAACUACUCCGAUCCACACACGCAGAUGCAGAUCGAGGAGUUAAUGCAAUCGCUGGAAAAUACCUCCUACGUUACCUCGCCACUUUACAGCGAAUCUUGGCUGCGAUCCUUCAUCUCGUACGUCGAUCGCAACAAUGACUAUCUCAAUCUAACACUGGACAGCGAGCAAGCGUUCAUCGAUGCACUGCGAGAGAUUUGGCUCUUCCCGGCGAACCCAUUCUCGCUGGACGUGAAAUUCAACGAGGCAGGUACAAAAAUACUGGCCUCACGCUUCAUGAUACAGGCAGUCAACAUCACGGACACGAACCAUGAAAAGGUGAUGGUGAAGGAUUUGCGACAGAUAUGCAAGGAUUCGCCACUGAACGCCACCGUGUUUCAUCCGUACUUUGUGUUCUUCGAUCAGUUCGAGCUGGUGCGACCCACCUCGAUACAAUCGAUGAUCGUCGGUGCACUGAUCAUGAUGCUGAUUUCGUUCAUCUUCAUACCGAACUUCCUCUGCUCGCUGUGGGUCGCGUUCUCUAUCAUCUCGAUCGAGCUGGGCGUUGCUGGGUAUAUGGCGCUGUGGGACGUGAAUCUUGACUCGAUCUCCAUGAUCAAUCUCAUCAUGUGCAUCGGUUUCUCGGUGGACUUUACGGCCCACAUCUGCUACACUUACAUGUCCUCGAAGGCCCGUACACCGGACGAGCGUGUCCGGGAAGCGCUGUACAGUUUGGGCAUGCCGAUUGUGCAGGGUAGCUUGAGUACUAUUCUGGGCGUGGUGGCACUGCUCCUAGCGGACAGCUACAUCUUCCUGGUGUUCUUCAAGAUGGUGUUCCUGGUGAUAUUCUUCGGUGCGAUGCAUGGAUUGUUCCUGUUGCCUGUUUUACUUUCCCUUUUCGGGCCCGGUUCGUGUACUUCGAGCUACCAUCCGGACGAUGAUCACAAGCUGUCUUCGGUGGAAAAAACCUACCCUCACCCGUACUGCAUAUCUCACCCACAGCUAGCACUGACUGGUGCGUUCGGUAGCAAAAAUUUCCUUGGCGCUCCAUACAAAGCUUACGGUGAGGAUAAGGAUCUGGGCAUUGGUACGUCCGGUGAAGAUUCGAGCGAAAGCUCUAGCAGCAAGUCCCAGCGCCGGCAAGCGAUCGAGGAUGAAAACACGCGCCGCCGGUACGAGGAGGGAUGGCGUCGCUCGACGCACAAUCUAACCGGCCAGAGCCAAUUCCAGCCGAUGCUGGAUCUGUACGGACAGGAGGCACUGUGGACUAAAACUACUGGCAAGGGCCCGUUAAAGAUAGCAAACGGACGUUACGGGUACGACGAUAUGCUGCUCAAUGUGGCACAAGGACAAACCACCGUCAAGCAGCCACGUUCAGCAGACUUUGAGCUGGACCGAACAGAAGAGCGUCGCGAUCGCAGAAAGUCGGAUGACGAGCGGUACAAAUCUCGCUACGAAGACAACCGAACAUUUGUGGAUGAUGAAAUGCUGGACGAUACCGACUAUCAGCACACCAACCGCUAUUACGUCUACGAUACCAGCCACGUAAAGCGCCUUUCCAACGAUAGUGGAGCAGCCGGUAGUAGCUCCAUCAACACCAAUAACCAUCCUGCCGGGGCCAGCCUACAUCAUAUGAGUCAACAGCAGGGCAACAGCAGCACAGCAGCAUCAGCAGCAGCAGAUCACCAAACAGCUCCCAGUACAACGCGUAGAAAGUUUUCCGACGAAAGCGACAAACGCCGACGUCACAGUGACGAACGACGUCCGCGAAAGUUUUCGCCGCCCGAAGGCAUCUACAAGCAGAAUCCACAUCGUUCAUCGUCACAACACAAUCUGUACUAUCCUCGGCAGCCGCCCCAACGGACGGCCUCCCAAAGCAGCCUGCAUCAGCUGCGCCACAUGGGCGACAUGAGAUUUCCUUAAUCAUCCUUCCCUUCCCUGUAC